GAAUUAUUCCCGGAUCGAUGCUCUAUGGUUCAAUGUACUUCCGGUUUACUGUGAGUAAAAUAAAACGCAGUGGUAGAUCUAUUGGUGAAUGACGAAGUAGAAGGGACGAGUAAGACCUGGACACUUCGUCGUAAUAGCAAACGAGUCCAAGUUCAAUCACAAUUAAAUGUAUAGAUAAAGGUAAAUAAUUGUCACGGUCUCUAACUGUGAACUGUGCUUGCUUGAAGUUGGAUGUGAAGUUGACUUGGACACCAUGAGCUCUAAUCUCGAAGCUCCUGAAGCAGAGGCUAGUCAGCUGGUACCAGACUUUUCACAGAAACUUGUGAUUGAUGAGACUGUCGGAGCAGAAUCCCCUCCUGCUGCCACUGGUGUCAAUUCUCCGUCCGGUGAGGAAGUACAGCAGCAUGACCCUUCAGGGCAGGAUGUUCUGCAGGACUUGCAUCAUGCUGAAUCUGGCAGUUCUCAGCCAGUGGCUCUUGGUCAAGCCAAAGACUGGUCUGAGUCUUCUGUGUCUGAUGUGCCCCAGGCUUUGAAUUAUUCUGAAACAAACAAUUCUCUCUCUGUGGCUCCAGAUCAAGCAGUGAUAUGCUCUGAAUCUUCCAUGAGUGGCAUACCUAAAGAUCUGGAUCAUGCUAUAUUAAAUAAUUCUCACCCUGUGGCUCAAGAUCAGGAGGGAAGAUGUUCUGAAUCUGAUGAUGUUCAAAUGGUGUUGGCUUCAGAGAAAGCUGCUGCUGUACAUCCUUCUGAGCAAGGAAAGAAAGAUGAGCAUGGUAAAGCUAAUUUCACAUGCCCUUGUGGAGAGAGCUUUGAGAAAUCUGUUCAGCUUGCUUCUCACAGGCGUUGGUCGUGCAAACUUAAGGUGAAUGUAGCUCAGUGCAGUUUGUGCAAAGCGUGGUUUGCCUCUGAGGGUGGUCUUGGGCGCCAUAUGAAGCAUGUUCAUGGGGGUGUUUUCUCCUGUGACAAGUGUUCUCUACGAUUUCACAACAAGAUACAGUUGACAAGACACUGGAUGGAGGCCCACUACAGUGAUGUGGAAGCGAGUCAACUGAAAUGUUAUGUGUGUCAGAGAGAAGGUUUUGGCAGUAAAUUUGAACUUCACUGCCACCUACGUGAUCACAGGAUUGAAAGGAGAGCGAAACGCAGGUCUCUGUCAGUGACAGAUGAGUCUGAAAGUUCAUUAAGAGGAGAAAGUGAAAGUAUUCGUGAAUUUGCACACCCUCUUCAUCAUCAUUGGGGUGACCCACCUCCAUAUGCUCCCCAUCCUCAUCAUCACUGGUCUCACAAGAGGCCUCACUGGAGACGCCAUCAAGCUUCUGACUCAUCUUUCCCCUAUCCUGGAAUGCAGUUUUGCCGACCAUUCUUUCACCCACCACCACCACCACCACCACCUCCUCCACCUCAUUUCCCGCCUCCUUAUUUUUACCCAUUUCAAGGAGGAGGGCCAUCUGGGAACGAUUCCACUUUAUCUGGAGAUGGACAAUCUUCAAACCUGAGAUCAUCACAAAGUAUACCGAACCCUCACACCCCAGAUGAUGUUCGUCCUCGUCAUGAUCAUGAACUCCCACCCACAUUUCACAACCAGCAUCUGUGGCACUCUCACUUUUGGAAAGCGUUUAGGCGUAGAGGCCACCACCACCAUUCCAGGGGAGAUGGAUUCAAGUGGAAGAAAUAUCUAAAGCUGCUAAAUAUGGGUGAGUCUGGUUUUGCGCCAGUCCCUCAUUGGCGCAAGGCUUUUCGUAGUGAGCAACUUGCAGCAGAUGAAAACUCCCAUUUAAUAAAAGUUCCUUGUGAGUUCUGUCACAAACCAGUCGAAGCAAACCAAAUGGGCAGACAUCACCGAAAGGAAUGCUCGGGUCUGUUGCUUCAUCGUUGCUGUGUUUGUGACCGUACAUUCAGGAAGAGGCACUUUCUCAUCAAGCACAUGCAUGAAGAAAAGCAUUACUUUCUUCCCAAGCAGCAGGCACCACUGGCUGGAAGGGGAUCACCUUCGACUCAGGCCACAGACUCUCUUUCUUUGUCUCAGCUUCAGCAGAGGCUGAGUUCCACUUUGAGUCUCAAGGACACGAAGACAGACAUUUCUUCCAAUGACUCUACCGUCAGACUUUCUGCUAUUGGUGGCUGUGCUAUAUCAGAUGAAGAAAUUAAUGUGGUUGAAAGAAUGUCAUCCCACAUGCCUUCAACACUCCAGACCAGAAAUUGUCCCACUGUAAAUAGUAGCGAAAAUGAUAAAGGCUCUCAGUUGUCCGACGUGACAGCCAAGAUUUGUAACUCUUUUAAGUGUUCUAUCUGUAAGAUUUGUUUUAAGACUAAGGAGUUUCUUUGUGAUCACUUGCAAGAACAUAUUAAGCGGGUUUUGUCUUUUCAGAAAGUUCAGGAAUGGACGCAAAAAUCCUCCAAUUAUUUCUCUGUUGGUGUACAGGAGGAUGAAGAUUAUCACGAGUCUGAUGCUUCUAGUUUUGUAAGUGGUCUGGAGUCUGAGGUCACAUCUGUUUCUGCUGCCACCAACACCACUGCAGACAGCAGUAACUUCUCCAGCCUAGAAACAUGUGCAAGUGGCCCAAAAAACUUACGACAUGAAAAGAAAAAGCAUGGUCAUCGCGCCAAAGGAGAGGUGCACAUAUGCUUUUUCUGCCGCCAAGCCUUCUCAUUCCGGAAAGAUCUGAAGGCUCACAUGAAAGAUCAGCACAAAGAGAGAGUGUUGAAGUGCCCCAUUUGCCAGAAGGAAUUUAGCUGGCAGAAGCGCGGAAAGUUCUACGAGCGCCACCUCAAUUCCCACUAUGGGAUCAAAGUUUUCAAACACAAGUGUGAGAUAUGCGACAAGACAUUCCUAGAAGGCUCCAAGCUGAAAGCCCACAUGGCGGUUCACAGCAAAGAGCCCUUGUAUAAAUGCCCCGAAUGCGGUAAAGGCUAUGGCAAUAAGUCCAGCUUGGUGCGGCAUCAGCGUAAACACACGGGUGUCCGGCCGUACAAGUGUGAUGUGUGUGAGGAGAGCUUCAUUGAGAAAAGAGAGCUUAUCCGGCACUCUGCAAGCCACACUGGAGUAGCUCCAUUCUUAUGCUCUGAGUGUGGUCAGGGCUUUACUUUAAAGACUUCACUAAUGACUCAUAUGAAGAAAAAGCAUUCCCAGCCUGCUGUAUCUGCUGCUAUGUAAAUGUAAUCCUUCAAAAUGUGAGGCAUAACCAAGCAUAUUGUGUUAUGGAAGCUGAAGGAAAUAUAGCUUGCUAUGUAUUGCGAAUGUCUUUCAUUGAUUCUUUAAUGAAUGUUCGUGUUCUCAGAUUUAACUCAUUGAGGACGCACUGUUUUUGAUCACUUAAAAAAAGAGGCAUAACUUCCUUACUCAUGCAGAUUUUAUUUCUGUUUUCUUUGCCUGAAGCUUAAAAAAGGCAGGGAACAACAUGCAUACUAUGAACUGGGCAAAUUCAUGUUUCUGAUUUUUGUGUAUGAUGGUUUGAAAUAUAUUGCACCUUUGGUAAUAGGAAAUACGUGUCCUCUACAUACUCAGAGUUCAGACAAGUUAAGUUCAUGUCCAGGGCAAGGCAUAAAGGUAAUACAUCUUUUGAAAAGUGGAUAAAUUAUCAUUGUGUGCAUUUCUGGGUAGAAAAUAAAGAUUCUGAAUUAGUUUUGCUCCACCUGAAAUUUCCCAGCAAAAAUAGUAUCAAAUAUGAUGUCUCUAUUGAAACAUUGCAGACCUCUCAGUCUCAGAUGUCAUGUUAGUUAAUUUUUAAUUUCCUUGGGCAAAACCAGGCUUUUUAUGGUACUCUGUACAACUUGCAUGACCGUCCCUUCCCAACUCUCCAUCACUAUUGUUAUCUCAGUAUUUGGCAUUACCUAUUCCUUGUGUAUGAUGAAAGAUAAUUGUGGUAGGGGGCUAUAAAAUUAUUAUGUUUGCAUCUUUAUCAGAGUGUGAUGAUUACAUUCCCAACCAAUUUUUAAUUUUUGUGUUUCUGAAAGUUGUCUGUCUUUAGUCUGAAUUUCAUGGUGUAUGUUAUUAGAACAAGAUACACAUGGUGGUCUGUUAGCUCAGUUGGUAUUAUACUUGACUUCAGAGCAGAUGGCCUUGGUUUGAAUCCCAGACUGGGCAUUCUUGAAUUUGGGUUGUUCUGUGAAGUUUUGAAGGCUCUGAACCUAGACUAUCUUAGAUCAGGCCACGUAACCCACAUGACUGGCUUCAACAUUGACGUCCGGCCGAGUAGAAGGAAAGUGAUAGUUAUUUUGAGAUUUGGAAAACACGUCUUCUUCAGAGGAAAAAAAGCAGUGACUUUACAGUUAUGUUUUUGCUCCGACUGAAGCACAAGUCUGAAAAGAAAAGCAGAUUAUUUAUUGAAGCUCAUCUUUCACUGUUGAUGUAAAAAGAGCAUCAAAGGGUUGAAGAAAUCCUAAUUCAGUGUUUUCCAUUUUCACUCACCAGCCAUGGGUAACAGUGAAUGUGUUUUAUGUGGGUCCUAUCUGCACUUUGAAUAACUACACCAAACAGGUACAAGUGAACUUGAUGACUGUAAUAAGGCCUGACCAUCUGUGUUCUUGCGAGAACUUGUUUUUUCCAUCAUGUCAAAGGAUACAGUAUCAUACAGUAAGGAUAUUGCCUAUAUUGGUUAGUGUGUUGUAGAACUGCUGGCAAGCUCUCUGUUCAUACCGGAUGUGUUCAGCAAUUUUGGACUUCAAAAAAGUCAUUUUGGGCCUAACUGUUCUUCAACAGACCUACAGUAUUUUACCUGGCUCAAAGAGCUGUCCAGAGUGUUUCCAGAAACGAGGGGAGGGGGAGGGGGGAGGGAUGCAUUGCACUCGCAUGAUUUGUAUGCAUGCAAAUCCUGCAGUUCAUAUAAAGCAUUUUAUUUUGGCAUGAUUUCCAUUUCAUCUCUAAUGUGGCAAGGAAAUUGAGAGCUACAGUAGGCCUACUUUCAAUGGGGAUGAAAUUGGAUCCACUUCCAGUCCUCAAUAUAUCAAUGGCAGUCUUUCUUUGAUUUAUAUCGCCUUGAGGAUAUGAGAACUUUGGUCACUUCUCCAGAAAAGCCUCCACUUUCAAACUUGUCCCCAACACUUUGCUAUUGGCAAACAAAGCUUUUUGUGUUGGGAAUGUUUCUUGUCCGGACUACUCGAUAUGUGGAGCAAAUUUUCUCUUGCAGAAAGGAGUGGGUGCACCGAAAGCUCAGCUGGUUUUAUGCUGGACUAAAUGUACGGAAUGGAUGGCCUUGGUUUGAAUCUCAGACUGGGUGUUCUUGAACUCAUGUUUUGUGGAGAUUUUAAGGCUCUCAACCCAUUUGGCUUAGUCCUAUCGGGAGGUAGUCCUGUCUCUUAAAAAACCUAAUAGUGUUGAUAGGGACAUUAAAUCCAUACACAACACUGAAGAAGGAAUGCCUGUCCAAUGAGGAUUUGCAUCAGAAGUGGGGAAAAGGUGUGUGUUGGCCAUAAUGGUGCUACAAUGAUCCUGGUUGCUUUGUCUGUUCUUCACUUUGUGUAUGACUGGAGAUAUGAGAGAGAAAGGUAGAAAUGCAUAAAAAUAUAUUAAAUUAAAUGACUGCAAACCUAAAUAGUUGGUCGUAAAGGCAUCCAGUGAGAAACAUCUGAAUCUGCUCUAGUACGUAGGCCCUACUUUGGGAAUUGUUUAUUCAGCUGGGCGGUAAAGAGAUCAGUGUCUGAAACUGCAGCACUGUAACCAACCGUAAGUGCAUUCAAUAAAGAUGCUCUCCAGAUUCA